AUGACGGCGCGAUGCGCGCGCGACGAGGACGACGACGCGUUUCGCGAGCGCGUGCGGCGUCGCAUCGAGGAUGCCGCCGCCGCCGAUGACGACGCGGCGACGCCGACGCCGACGCCGUUGGAGCGCGAGCGCGCGUCGACGCUCGAGGACGACGAGAGCGUCGUGGCGUUCGUGCUCGAGAAGCACGCGGCGAAGGAUUACUUCGCGUGCUUGAACGUGCGUCGACCGGAUUGCGAUGACUUGGGACGGGCGGUGUGGGACGUCGGCGACGCGGAGCUGAACCGAGCGUUUCGUAAAGCGUCGCUGCGGGUGCACCCGGAUAAGAACAGAGCGGCGGACGCGAGGAAAGCUUUCGAUGCGAUCGGGGAGACGCAGAAGAUGUUUAAGGAUCCGGUGCGACGGGCGGAGGUGCUGCGCGCGGCGGCGGAGCGAGCGUUUAAGGAAAAGUGUAAACGCGACCCGGAGGCGAUGCGAGCGAGGGCGAAAGCGCAAGAAAAGGUGGAUGCGGAGACGUAUGCGGAUGAGAUGCGUAAACAGAGGGAAGACGCGGCGAAGAAACGCGCUGCAGAGGCCAAGGCGAGGAGCGCGCAGGCGAAUAGGAGGAAGCGACGCGCGGAGAGCGAUGAAGAGGAGGACGCGUUAACCGCCAUGGCGAAAAGUUUAGAGGCGGAAGAGGAGGCGAAGAAGACGCAAAAUGUCGUCGGCGGCAAUGGCGAUGACGAUGAUUUCGCCGGCGUCGUCAGGCGUAAGUCGUCGAAGAAGCGGUUCAUGUUUUAGCGCGAGGCGUCGCCGCGCAUCAUUAUUUCUUUAGACUCGUAGCGUCUCC